AUGGGCCUGAGGGGCGGGGCCCGAGCCGGGGGAGGAGGGGGUGGAGGCCGGGGCGGGGCUCAACUCUGGGGAGAGGGGGCGGGGAGCGGCGGGGUAAAGCGCGGAGUGGGCGGGGCCCGACCUGGGGGAGAUGGGCGGGGCUCGGAGGGUCCCGGAGCCGGGGAGACGCGCUCCACGGGGGUGGGGUUGGAGGCGGGCCCCGAGCUUCGGGAGCUGCGCGCCGGGAAGGACAGUAGUGGGGGAAGGCGUGAGGUUGCAGGGGGCGCAGUGGGCGGGGCCCGAGGGCCGGACGCCGAGUCGGAGCGCCUGGGGGGGCGGGGCCCAGACGUUUCCAGGAAGCAGCUCGCUCCGCAGCUCCACCUGCUGGUCCCGGCCGGAUCCGCCCGUCCUGAGGACCAGUAG